AUGGCUACAGCACCACCUAAACAGUAUAGUGUGGAGCUUCCGAAUACUCGGAAGCCUGGGCAAACAGGAAUUUAUCGAAAUGCUUUGUAUACGGAAGCUUUACUUACGAGCUUUGGUCCAAAUGUCAAAACACUGUACGACAAUUUCCAGAAUGCUUUAAUAAUAUCGAGAACCAGAAACUGCAUCGGACACCGCUACUUCAACAAAAAAACGCAGCAGUACGAGAAUUAUGUGUGGCAAACGUACGAACAGGUGGCAGAUCGAGCUACAAAGUUGGGAUCUGGGAUGUUAUAUUUAAGUGAUACUGUGAUCAAAAAUCCGAAAUCUGAGCAAUGGGCCGUAGGAAUUUAUUCAAAUAAUAGACCUGAGUGGUUUAUAACGGAUCAGGCUAAUAUGGCCUAUAAUCUUCGAAGUGUUGCUCUCUAUGACACAUUAGGACCAGACGCUGUCCAACACGUAAUCAACCACGCCGAAAUACCGAUUGCCGUAGUCGCCGGCAACCGCAUCCCCGGCGUUCUCCAAAUAGCCUCAAAAAUCCCCGGGCUAAAAGUUAUAAUAUCAAUGGACGAAUUAGAUGACAACAUUUCUCUGCCAAACACACCGGCGAACGUGUUAAAAGCAUGGGCCGAGGAAAAAGGCAUCAUGCUUUACACGUUUACCGAGGUUGAGGAGCUGGGAAGUGAACAUGCGUAUCCGCAUAACCCACCUAAACCAGAGGAUAUCGCUAGUAUUUGUUAUACGUCUGGUACUACGGAUUUGCCGAAAGGCGCUUUGCUGACGCAUGCUAAUUUUGUUGGUGCUAUUGCUGGGAGUGCGGCGGUUUGGGAUUCUGAUCAGGAUGAUGUUUUGAUCUCUUAUUUACCGCUCGCUCACAUUCUGGGACGCUUAUGUGAGCAAAUGGCAGUUGCCAGAGGUUCCAGUAUUGGCUAUUUCCGUGGCGACAUGUUAGGACUAAUCGAAGACAUCAACAUACUACGCCCAACAUUAUUCCCUUCAGUUCCGCGACUACUGACGCGUAUAUACGCAAAAAUCGUGCAAAGUACAAUCGAAGCGCCUGGUCUCAAGGGCGCAUUGGCAAGACGAGCUGUUGCAGCAAAACUACAGAAACUCGAAAACGGGCAAGGAUUCACGCAUGCAUUAUGGGAUGCGAUUAUUUUCAAUAAAAUAAAAAAAGUGUUGGGUGGUCGAGUGAGGUUUGUAUUGACUGGGUCGGCACCGAUCGCUCCAGAGGUUUUGCAGUUUUUGAGAAUUGUGUUUGUUUGUGAUAUUGCUGAAGGGUAUGGACAGACUGAAGGUGUAGCAGCCGGUUGUGUAACACGAGCAGGUGAAAACAUUGCUGGUCAUGUCGGUGGUCCUGUUGCUUCUAUAGAACUAAAGCUUGUGGAUGUUCCCGAAAUGAAUUAUUUAUCGACCGACAAACCAUAUCCUCGUGGCGAGCUCUGUAUUCGUGGGUCAAACACUUUUGUUGGAUAUUAUAGAGAUGAAGAGAAAACCAAAGACACGAUAGACGAGGAAAGAUGGGUGCAUACCGGAGAUAUUGCGUUUGUUAAUGAACGAGGUGCAUUUAUCAUUGUGGAUCGAAAGAAAAAUAUAUUUAAACUCUCUCAAGGGGAAUACGUGGCACCUGAAAAGGCAAGUAUAGAAAACGUUUAUUUAAACUCACCCUACGUACUACAAAUUUUCGUACACGGCGACUCAUUACGCAAUUACCUUGUUGCCAUUGUCGUACCCGACCCCGAAACAUUCGUCCCAUGGGCAAAUCAAAUAACCGGUGACAAUGUUUCGUUGGGCGAUGCUGACGGACUUGAUAGGUUUGCGAAUGAUCCACGUGUACGAAAAGCGUUUUUGGCGGAGAUGGAUCGUGCUGGGAAACAGGGGAAAUUGCGAGGAUUAAAACUCAAACGAUACCAAGCAAAACAAUAUUUCCGUGCAGAACUUGAUAAGUUAUAUGCCGAGUCUGAAUCCAACCUUAAUAAGGCCAAAUUGUGA